CUUUUCCAUCUAUCUGAAACACUGCCGCGCAUAAAUGGCGGCAUCAUUGCAUAAUCGUCCGUCUUCACAGGCCAACCAUUUGUCAUUCUUUCGAUGCCCAUCCGACAGAAUAUAUUUGGCCCAAGGUCUCUUUUGGGGCAAGCUAUGGCCUCGUUAGGAUAACCGCCCCAGGGUAACCACCGUGAAUGCCUUUCAUGAAACGCUCUUACAAUCCAGGGAAGUCUUUGGUGGUGUCUUACACUUAAGCCGAACUUAAAAGAGUCGAAUAAUCCCAUUAACUACAUCCUUUUCACAACUCAUCAGCAUAGGAUCGUUAUGGGACCUCCGGGUGAUGUGGACAAGGCAUCUCUUAAAGACACUAUUCGACUCGAUGAUACCAAUGACACCAUUCGACUCGACGAUACCAACGACACCAUUCGACUCGACGAUACCAACGACACCAUUCGACUCGACGAUACCCCUGAUAGCACUCGGCAACUCGACGAUAUACAUGAUCCCGCUCGACAACUCAACGAUACCAUUCGGGUCGAAAAUCGCCCCGAUAGCUCGGUCGUUCCAGUCACUUGGUCACUCCCACCAACGAGCUCAGACUUUGCCCGACUUGUGCCAGUCAAUCAUCAAGCGAAGAUAGCGUUUCACGAAAUUGCAACCAUUCUGAAAACAGACGGCUGUUGGAAUCCCCACUGCCGGAAGUUUAUCCAUGUUUCCGAUGUCAAAAGCAAGGUCAUUUCUGGGCGCUCGAAAGAGAGCGAUACCUCUGAUGGUGAUACUGAAACACAAGAGAUCUAUACCGGCUAUUUUCGCCUGAACCUUAGCAUACUGCCGGACAAAUUUCCCCAGGGUUGGAUAAUUGGAGCUGGCCGCUCAGGUAUGGACCACCUUGGAGUGGACUUCCUCCUAACAAUCAAGGGUAAUCGGGACCGUGUACGAGGACGCCACGCAAGUAUCAAGCACCAUAAGGUCAGCCGACAUCUUAUGAUCGCGCCGGCGCCUGGGAAGGGGGCGGUGCUUAAUGGUGAAGAGGUCCCUACGGACGGGAGAGUGCUUGAGAGUGUGCGUAUGGGUCUAACAAUUGGCAACCUCACUUUCAAAAUAGAAUUUUUACCCACAAAUGUCGCUACUUACAACGAACAGCUCGACGAAAUUGUACGGGAAAGUGGAACGUGGUUUACAGAAAGGAUUGAAUCGAUCGAUCCUACCCCAUCGGACAACCACCUUAUACUCCAGGGUUAUCAGAUCCAAACUCCACAAGCAUUUGGAGCGUAUGGAGUUGUAAGCCCAUGCGUUAAUACCUCCUCUGGGAACGUUUAUGCGGUGAAACGGAUCCAACGAACGCAAUCCUCUUUCGACCAAAUUGGAGACGAGAUCGCGAUCCUCAAGCUCUUAGAGAAACAUCCUCAUAUAUGCGCCCUGACUGAAGUCAUCUACUCAGACGGCGACGAUAGCUCCAUGGGGAACAGAAGGAUUAACGAUGUAUAUAUGAUUUUCGAACCCUGGGCUCCUAGGACCCUCCAUGCAUUGAUGGCGUCGCAAGUGAGCCCUUCUAUACGUUGGAGGGCCUUCCACCAGGGCGCUCAAGGUAUUCGAUACUUCCACUCUUUCGGCGUUAUUCAUCGGGACCUCAAGUUUGGUAAUAUUCUCGUUGUCCAACUCGAUCCACUACGUGUGGUCAUUACUGAUUUUGGCCACGCUACGACCUUUACAAACUCCCAGGACCACAUGAAAGGCACAAUCAGCUACCUCCCUCCUGAAAUAAUCGAGCUGAAAGAAAAGUCGAACGACCCGAAGCGUACCCCACCAGACCCAGCCUUACGUUGGUCGUGCAAGUCCGAUGUCUACAGCUAUGGCCUAGUCGGAUGGGCUUUGCGUCAUGGAUAUUUCAAGCGUCCAGUAGACGGCAUCGACAAGAUCGUGCACAAAGGUCUUCUAGCAACUCUUCAAAAUUCCAGGACGGCCGCGGAUGAAGUUUUGGAAGAUAUGCUGGCAUGGGAUUCCGACUCGAGACUAGAAAUGCGCGAAGUCCUGCUGAAACCGUGCUGGUCCGAGCCCGAAACACCGUGCAUUGAGAAAAAAAGAAUUUUCCCCGGAUAAUGAACGGUUCACUCGGAUAUACAACUU